UACCAGCCCUUCUGCGGGCUGCAGUCCCAGCCGUCACUUUCUUGUUAUUUCUUCUCACGUUCACCUCGUGACUCAGCAGUGGGAGUGCAAGUGUGGAGGCAGUACCGUUGUCACCCAGCCCAAGAAAACCACUUUGUAUGACGACGCCCAGCUCUACAGGAACACAAGUCGAGGAGGCCUAGAUGGUCAGUGAGCCACCUGUCCUUCAUUCCCCUCGGGGCUUCACUUCUGGAAGGAAGAAAGACAGGCUGCUCUGACCUGGGCAGAACUUCAGGGAAGAUGCAACCACUUCUGCUUUUGCUGGCCCUUCUGCUGCCCCUUGAGGCCAGGACAGCUGCCCCCAGUCACCCCAUCCACCAGCCUUUUCUUUCAGAGGAGAUCAUCGGGGGCCAUGAGGCCAAGCCCCACUCUCGGCCCUACAUGGUAUUUGUUCAGUUUCUCGUCGGGAACAGCAAGAAGAGGUGCGGCGGUGCCCUUGUGAACGAGGACUUUGUUCUGACGGCUGCUCACUGCUUGGGAAGCUCCAUCAACGUCACCCUGGGGGCCCACAACAUCAAGAAGCAGGAGAAGACCCAGCAGAUCAUCCCCGUGAGAAGAGCCAUCCCCCACCCAGACUAUAAUCCAAAGAACUACUCCAACGACAUCAUGUUACUGCAGCUGGUGAAAAAGGCCAAGCUGACUGCAGCUGUGAGGCCCCUGGGCCUGCCCAAAGGCAAGGACCGGGUGAGGCCGGGACAGGUGUGCAGUGUGGCCGGCUGGGGACGCAUGGCCAUGGGCACUCUAGCAACCACUCUGCAGGAGGUAGAGCUGAUCGUGCAGGAGGAUCGGGAGUGCAGAUCCCGCUUCCGUGGCUAUUACAUGGGGGCCACCCAGAUCUGUGUAGGAGACCCGAAGAAGAUGAAGACCAGCUUCAAGGGGGACUCUGGGGGACCCCUCGUAUGUAACAACGUGGCCCAAGGGACUUUCUCUUAUGGAAACGGGAAUGGGACACCUCCAGGGGUCUUCGACAAGGUCUCACACUUCCUGCCCUGGAUAAAGAGAAUAAUGAAGCACUUCUCUCAGCAGGCGUGAGGCUAACUGUCCUCUGUGCUUGGCCACCUUUUCUGGGGCAGAGGCAAGAACCCAUUGGGGCUCGGGGGAUGGGGAGUGGGCAUUGCAGGGUCAUAAUAAAUAGAUCUCUAGAGCGA